CAUAACGUCCAAAGUAACACUAAUACACAUUACUCGCCGUGCCCUCAGUUGAGUUAACUUUAUUGCAUGCAACAAGACCCUACUUUGGGAUUUCAUAAAAUGUUAAUCAUUUGUUUCAUGACCUUCAGGUCCUAACUCCCCUCAUUAUUAUCCAUGGAGCUUCUCAUUCGAAUAAUAUUUCAAAGGGAUAUAAUAUAAAUUAAGCACUUUGAUCCCUUACCCUUUAUAUAAUAUAUAAAGAGCUUUUAACUGUCUUAAUAUUUGUGCUAUACCUUUCUUUGUGCUUCAUCGUCAACCGUACGGUAAAGAAACUAUAACCACCUAGAAUUCUGUCUCUGACAUGGUCGGUGGUGACAAGAGAAAUAAUCUACGACAGCUGCUAGUGAUUUGUCUCCGAAAGGAUUAGGAGCUUAUUAUUUCUAGUGCCAUGAAGAGAGCAAGUGAAUGGGCUUACUCUCAUGAGAUUCUAAGUGAUGUCACCGUUCAAGUUGGCGAAGUUUCCUUUUCGUUACAUAAGUUUCCAUUAGUUUCCAAGAGUGGAUACAUAGGGAAACUGGUAUCAGAAUCAAGUGAUGAUGUUUCAUUCAUUGAACUCUAUGAUGUCCCUGGUGGAGCAGAAGCAUUUGAACUGGCAACAAAAUUCUGCUACGGGAUAAACUUCGAAAUAAGCGUCGAAAACAUUGCUACGCUUCGUUGCGUGGCAGAGUAUCUUGACAUGACAGAGGAUUACUCAGUUGGAAAUUUGGUGGGAAGGGCUGAUUCUUACUUGAAUGAAGUGGCACUCAAGACUAUUUCAGGGGCUGUGUCAAUCUUACACAUGUCGGAACGCUUCCUUCCGAUUGCAGAGAAGGCAAAACUGGUGAGUAGAUGCAUAGAUGCUAUUGCAUUCAUAGCCUCCAAGGAGACUCAAUUCUGUUCACCUAUGAGAGGUGACAUUAUUGGUACUGAUGGCAUGGCUUCUCACCAAAGGCCAGUGGUUCAUUGGUGGGCUGAGGAUCUCACAGUUCUCAGAAUUGACAUCUUUCAAAGAGUUCUGAUUGCAAUGAUGGCCAGAGGGUUUAAACAGUUUGCUCUUGGCCCCAUCAUUAUGCUCUAUGCACAGAAAUCUCUGCGAGGUUUGGAGAUAUUUGGAAAGGGUAGGAAGAAGAUUGAAGUUGAAGCACAAGAAGAGCAUGAAAAGAGGGUUGUUUUAGAGACACUAGUGAGCCUUCUGCCAAGGGAGAAGAAUGCAAUGUCAGUGAGCUUUCUUUCUAUGUUGCUAAGGGCAGCAAUAUAUCUUGAGACAACGGUUGCUUGCAGACUUGAUUUGGAAAAGAGGAUGGCCCUGCAGUUAGGACAAGCUGUUUUAGAUGAUCUUCUAAUUCCUUCUUAUUCUUUCACUGGGGACACAUUGUUUGAUGUAGAUACGGUGCAGCGAAUCAUGAUGAAUUUCCUACAAUCUGAAAAGGAAGAUCGUUCACCAUAUAAUGCAGAUGAUGAAUGUUUUUCUCCUCCCCAAAGUGAUGUUUAUAGGGUUGGAAAGUUGAUGGAGAACUACCUUGCUGAGAUAGCCACAGACAGAAAUUUAGCUGUUUCAAAAUUCAUCACUGUCGCUGAACUAAUUCCUGAACAAUCAAGACCAACAGAAGAUGGGAUGUAUAGAGCCAUAGACAUCUAUCUUAAGGCUCAUCCUGUUCUAAGCGACAUGGAGAAAAAGAAAGUGUGCAGCGUGAUGGACUGCCAGAAGUUAUCACGAGAGGCGUGUGCACAUGCUGCUCAAAAUGACAGGCUUCCAGUUCAAAUGGUUGUUCAAGUUCUCUACUACGAACAGCAACGUCUUCGCGAUUCCAUGGAUGGCAAUGCAGGCUGGGAUUCUCCUAACUUCCGCGACAAGGUAAAUUCAUCUCCCAACGAGCUUAAUCUGGUGUCCAACGAGCUCUCCAUCUUGCGAAGAGAAAACGAAGACCUGAAACUAGAGAUAGUGAAAUUGAAAAUGAAACUAAAAGAGAUUGAGAGAACUUCCAUUAGAUCAGCAUCAAGUAGUCCUGUGAUAUUUGCUUCGCCCUCCGCUGAUAAGCCUCCUCUGCCUAGAAAAUCAUUCAUAAACUCUGUGUCCAAAAAGCUUGGUCGUCUUUCUCCUUUUUCACGUGGCAAUGCUGCCACAACUCUUCUCAAAGGUCACGUAAAACCCGAUAAGAAUCGACGCCAUUCCAUAUCCUAAGACCAUUAUGUUUGCAGGGUACAAGUUCCAUCUUUGUGUUUUCCGAGGCUUGUAAACAGGAUUAGUUUUACUUCACUGUGAUACUUGUGUAGAUUAUAUUUUCAUUAUGCUUAAGUCCAAUAAUAACUUCAAUAUGUAAUUUGUAAAGGUUGGUUAAAACCAAAAGUAAUACAGAACUUCUGAUUGCAUUGCA